ACCAAAGUUCCUAUGGGUUCAAAAAGAAAGAGAGCCACUUCUCCUUCAAGCAGUAUUAGUGGCGGGGACUGUGAUGACGGACACCCUGUUUCGGGAAGCAAUGUAGGGUCAAGUAGAAAAAGAAGAAAACUUUCCAACGUUCCAACUGUAGAUCCUAUUGCAGUUUGCCAUGAGCUGUACAAUACCAUCAGAGAUUACAAGGAUGAUCAUGGAAGACUUCUAUGUGAGCUCUUCAUCAGAGCUCCAAAACGAAGGAACCAACCUGAUUACUAUGAUGUGGUCUCCCAUCCCAUCGAUCUUUUGAAGAUCCAGCAGAAAUUGAAGAUGGAGGAAUACGAUGAUGUUGAUCAGUUGACUUCUGAUUUUCAGCUUAUGGUUAAUAAUGCAAAAGCCUACUAUAAGGAAGAUUCUGCUGAAUGCAAAGCUGCAGGUAAAUUGUGGGAUUUGUAUACAAGAACAAGAAAUGAGUUUGUCCAGAGGGGAGAUUAUGAAGAUGAAGAGGAAGAAGAUGAUUAUGAUGGUCAGGAUAACCCUGGUACAACUGGCGACGAAGACAGUGCGGCACAUUAUAAUAAUCUGAAGGAACAAUUAGAGCACCUUUUUGAAGCUGUCGCCACAUACGUUGAUCCAACAGGUCAUCUCAUUAGUGAGCUUUUUCAAAAGUUGCCUUCUAAAGUGCAAUAUCCUGACUACUACGAAAUUAUUAAAGAACCAAUUGACCUGAAGACAGUUGCCCAAAGGAUUCAGAAUGGUGUUUAUAAAAGUGUCAAUGUGAUGGCUAGAGAUAUUGAGCUUUUAGUAAGGAAUGCAAAAACCUACAAUGAGCCGGGUUCUCCAAUCUUCAAGGAUGCAAAUACCAUUAAGAAAGUAUUCAAUCAGAAGAGAGCCGAACUUGAGCAUAAUUUGGAGCCUACUAAAUCCAGUCUCCGAAUCAGAAACCGAAGGUCAGCUCAAGGGGAUCGUUUGUCAGCAAUUACAAUGGCUUUGCAGUAUGGAUCUGAGAGCGAAGAAGAAAGUGGUUUAGGUGCAGUCACUCGUUAUGAAGAUGGUGAUUCUGAAGGAGAAAGCAUCAGUUCAUCUGUUGAUGUUACGAGCCCUCUUUACCAGCUGUUUGAAGUAGUUAGAAGUUACCGGAACAGUCAGGGACAACUUCUGGCUGAACCUUUCUUUCGCCUCCCCUCCAAGAAAGAUUAUCCUGACUAUUACCAACAAAUCAAAAAUCCCAUGUCUCUGCAACAAAUUAGACAAAAAUUGAAGAGCAAUGAAUUUGAAAAUCUGGACCAGAUGGAAGCUGAUAUGAACCUGAUGUUUGAAAAUGCCAAACGCUAUAAUAUUCCUAAUUCUGCAAUCUUUAAACGAGUGCUGAAGUUACAGCAAAUCAUGCAGGCAAAGAAAAAGGAGCUGGCUAGAAGAGAGUAUACUGAAGAUGGUGACAGUAUGGUAUCUUCCGUAACAUCUGAUACAGGCAGUGCGAAGAGAAAGAGACUCAUGAUUAAGUAUACACACAGAUUUUUAAAUUCCAGCAUAAAGAAGCUAGAAAAGAAUAGAAGGAAAACGGAAUCCCAAUUAAAACACAGACUGAAAGUACUAUACAAUACAAUUGUCGAAUCCUGUGAUCCGACAACGGGACGAAGAUACUGUGAGCUAUUUUUGGUUAAGCCAUCAAAGAAAGACUAUCCAGAUUACUAUAAAGUCAUCCUGGAGCCUAUUGACCUGAAGAUGCUCGAACAUAACAUACGCAGUGAAAAAUACACAAGUGAGGAAGCAUUUAUAGAUGACUUAAAAUUAAUGUUUCGAAACGCAAGACACUAUAAUGAAGAAGGCUCACAGGUAUACAAUGAUGCCAACAUUCUGGAGAAAAUUCUGAAAGAAAAACGGAAAGAGUUAGGUCCUUUACUUGAUGAUGAUACCACUUCACCUAAGUUGAAACUAAGCAGGAAGAGUGGUAUUUCCCCUAAAAAAUCCAAGUACUUGACCCCACUACAACAAAAAUUAAAUGAGUUAUAUGAAGCUGUUAAAAACUACACAGACAACAGGGGUCGAAGAUUGAGUGCCAUCUUUCUCAGACUACCUACUCGAUCAGAACUCCCGGAUUAUUAUCUGACAAUUAAAAAACCAAUUGAUAUGGAGAAAGUGAAAAGUCACAUGAUGUCUAAUAAGUACCAAGAUGUUGAUUCAUUGGUUGAUGAAUUUGUUUUGAUGUUUAAUAAUGCUUGCACUUACAAUGAACCAGAAUCUCUUAUUUAUAAAGAUGCACUUGUUCUUCACAAAGUCCUUCUAGAAGCUAAAAAAGAGUUGGAUGGAGAUGAUGAUGCACACAUUCCCAAUGUAAAGUUACUCAUACAGGAGUUGAUACACAACCUGUUUGUCUCCGUUCUUAGUCAUCAGGAUGAUGAAGGACGUUGUUAUAGUGACUCUUUAGCAGAGAUUCCAGCCACUGAUCCAAGUAUCCCUAACAAGCCACCUUUGACCUUUGAUAUUAUUAGGAAAAAUAUUGAAACUAAUCGGUAUGGAAGACUUGAUGUUUUUCAGGAGCACAUGUUUGAGGUAUUAGAAAGAGCAAGACGGUUAAACAGAACUGAUUCUGAAAUAUAUGAAGAUGCAGUGGAACUUCAGCAUUUUUUCAUUAAGAUUCGUGAUGAGCUCUGCAAAAAUGGAGAGAUUCUACUUUCACCAGCUCUGAGCUAUACUAUGAAACAUUUGCAACAUGACUUGGAAAAAGAAAAAAAGGAAAAAUUGCCAAAAGAGAUAGAGGAGGAUAAACAGAAGAGAGAAGAGGAAAAAAAGGAAUUAUCAGAGUCUGAGAAAAAUAUGAGUGAUGAUCACUCAGGAAGCCAUGGCACAUAUGGGAUCCAGCGUACUUACAGCCAAGACUGCAGCUUUAAAGAUAACAUGUACCACGUUGGGGAUUAUGUGUACGUUGAACCAGCUGAACCAAACCUCCUCCCUCACAUUGUCUGCAUUGAACGACUCUGGGAGGAUGACACCGGUGAGAAAUGGCUGUAUGGUUGCUGGUUUUAUCGGCCAAAUGAAACUUUCCACUUGGCCACACGGAAAUUCCUUGAAAAGGAAGUUUUCAAAAGUGACUACUAUAAUAAAGUUCUGGUUAGCAAAAUUCUAGGAAAAUGUGUUGUAAUGUUUGUAAAAGAAUACUUUAAAAUACGACCUGAGGGUUUCAGAGAUGAAGAUGUUUUUGUCUGUGAAUCUCGAUAUUCCGCAAAGACUAAAUCUUUCAAGAAGAUUAAAUUAUGGACUAUGCCUCUAAGUGCAGUGAAAUUUGUUCCAAGAAACACUCCAUUGCCUGUUGUUCGUGUUGCUUCUGUAUUUGCUAAUGCAGACAAAACAGAAAACAAAGAGUCUGUUGAACCAAUGGCUGAAGAAAGCAAAGGUGACGAGAAUAACAGCGUUAUUGAUAAGGAACGAGAGGAUGUGCCAGUGGAAAUUUCAAAUGGAGAACCAGGCUGCCAGUAUUAUGAGCAGCUUCAUUAUAAUGACUUGUGGCUUAAAGUUGGAGAUUGUGUCUACAUAAAAUCCCAUGGUUUAGUGCAACCACGUGUAGGCAGGAUUGAAAAAAUGUGGGUGCGGGGUGGUGCUGCCUAUUUCUUUGGUCCCAUAUUCAUCCAUCCUGAGGAAACUGAGCAUGAGCCUACCAAAAUGUUUUACAAGAAAGAAGUGUUUCUUAGCAAUGUGGAAGAAACCUGCACCAUGACGUGUGUAAUUGGCAAGUGCAGUGUAUUAUCAUUUAAAGACUACCUCUCUUGUCGACCUACGGAAGUGAAUGAAAAUGAUGUGUAUAUUUGCGAAAGUCGUUACAAUGAGACUGACAAACAAAUGAAAAGAUUUAAAGGCCUAAAGAGAUUUUCAUUAUCUGCUAAAAUAUUGGAUGAUGAGAUAUACUACUUCAGGAAACCUAUUGUUCCCCAAAAGGAACCAUCUCCUCUUUUGGAUAAGAAAAUACAGGAGUUAGAGAUGAAGUUUGCGGAAUUUGAAGAACCUGAUGAAGAUCAUGAAGAAUGUAUUGAAGAGGAAGCUGAAACUGCUGAACAACCCUCAGUGCCUCAGUUACAGACUCCUGUUACCAAUGAAAUGGAAAUAGCUCCAUAUACACCUCCACAGUCAACCCCUAAAUCCAUCAAGGGUACUAAACAGAAGGAGGGAAAGAGGAAGACCAACCCAAGUGGCUACAUCUUGUUUAGCAGUGAAAUGAGAGCUGUUAUCAAAGCCAAGCAUCCUGACUUCUCUUUUGGAGAGCUGAGUAGGCUUGUGGGUACAGAAUGGAGAAACCUUGAGGCUGUCAAAAAAGCAGAGUAUGAAGAGCGGGCAGCAAAGCAGGCUGAGCAGCAGGAGAGAGAGCGUGCAGCUCAGCAGCAGCAGUGUGCCUCCCCACGGGCUGGUACACCUGUAGGUGCCAUCAUGGGGGUAGUACCACCUCCUACACCAAUGGGAAUUCUCCAUCAGCAGAUGACCCCUGUCACAGGCAUGAUAGGUGGCUACCCACAGGGCAUGCCACCAUUACAAGGCCCAGUUGAUGGCAUGGCCAGCUUGGGCAGCAUGCAGCCACUUCACCCUGGGGUGCCUCCACCACCCCACCUUCCCCCAGGCAUUCAACCAUUGGGUGUUAUAGGUCAGAGUGUGACUACCAUGGUGGGAGGAUCACCAACUGUGACCACAACAGGAACACCAUAUGGUCAGCAGAUUGGUAUUCAUCCUAAUCUUGGAGCUCAGGGUCAGCAGGCUCCACCUCCAUAUCCUACACAAGUCACAGCUCAACAGACUAUCCAGCAGCAGCCAUCAACACCAAUGUUUGUGGCUCCUCCGCCAAAAACUCAGCGGUUACUGCACUCUGAAGCUUACCUGAGAUAUAUUGAGGGGCUCAGUGCAGACUGUAAUACUGUAAGCAAGUGGGACCAGUCCCUUUCAGCAAGAAGGCAAGAUGUCCACCUUACUAAAGAACAAGAGAGCCGGUUGCCCUCUCACUGGUUAAAGAGUAAAGGUGCUCACACGACCAUGGUCGAUGCACUGUGGCGAUUACGUGACAUCAUGCUCCGGGACACUCUAAAUAUUCGGCAUGCAUACAGUCUGGAAUAAUGUCUGAAUUGCUGUUACAUUACCACCAUUUGUUAUGAUGCAAGACUUAUGUGAAAAGUGUGACUGUGUUUUAGUACCUAUGGGGAAAUGGUAGUACAAUUUAUUUUACUGCAUUUCUUGUAGGAUCAAAUUGUAUUUGUUUUUAUAAAGACUUUUUAAAUACACUGUCACUGGACAUUUCAAUUUACUAUUGUUGGACUCUGCUAUAGUCUUAUGGGAAACCUUAUUAUAUUUUUGCACUGAUUCUAUCGCUUGGAUAGAAUUCAGUUUAAUUUUUCACUGGUACUUGGGAGGAUAAGUAUGCUUGCUCAGUACGUUUGUGUUAAAAUGAGUCUAAUUUGAACAUUUUUCAUUAAUAAAAAAAAGUACAUCCAA